AUGGACCGCCAGAGGAAGCGCGAACUGCGCGAGCUGAAUGAGAAAGCCUGGGAUGGUGAGAAGGACCUUUUCCAUGUCGGCGAAUCCCUUGACUCUUCCUUGAAAAGGAAUACAGCCUUUAUAAAACGCUUGCGGACCGCCGUCACCCCUUCCAACCUGGCGACAUUUCUUCAAGAGAUCCGAUCACUGAGCUUGCACAAAUACCUGUCCGAGAUCAUAGCCGCAUGUUACGAGGGUCUUUGCAGGGUUAAAUCCCCCGCUGAGAUUGAAGCUGGCGUUGAGAUUGUAAGCGCCCUACAUCAACGCUUCGGCCCUCCCGAGUUUACCGAAUACCUCGCUUGGCUGCUGGGAAAGGGCAUGGCGACCCCCGACAAGAGUGCUCUCAAGAAUCUUACUCAGGAAGUUCGCGAAAAGGAAGAAAAGGAAAGAAUGACUCGUCAAAGGGCCCUUUUGCGAGUCAUUACCGAACUGUGGUUGGUUGGCGUUUUGAGAACCUUGGACGAUGCCGUGAAGCCUGAGGACGCAAGUAAAGCCGCUACAGGGAAAGCCGUGGAGCUCAAACCUCGACCGGGUUCCGGUAAGGCUGGCAGCGCUGAGCCCUUUCCUCUCGAGGUCUUGAAAGACCUCCUCGCAUACGAUCGAGAGCACACAAACCUCCCACUUCUGGUGAUUUUUGUCAAGGCCUUCAGCUGGGAAAUCUUGGGUGUGAGGCCCGCCAGUUCGGAUGGACGCAAGUCCAUAGAGGAGGAUGGUGCGGCCAGCGGUCACAAUGAUGCUCUUCCCGACGUCGACGACGGAGCCAAGACAGCACAGCCUGCGGACCAACACCCGUUUACGCCUCCCGAUACAGCAGACAAGUUUAAGAGUAUUCUAAAGAGAUAUUUCGAGGAUGUUGUUGCACAUAUUGUUCGAGAUCAGAAAUCGAUACAGUCUCAAGCCCGACGAAAUGCAGAAGCUUACGUCAAGUCUGGCGAAGUGUUCGAGGAUAGACAAGCAAAUUACGAGAAACAGGUCAAGACCCAGGAACGAUUGGUUUCGAACGCUCAAGUUAUUGCCGACGCCAUUGGAGCCGAGAUCCCGGAACUGAAAGAACCUGACGACUCCCUUGUGACUUCGAGUGGGUCCAUAGGCUUGGUCAAGACUAGCGAAUUCCUACGAGGCUCCGGCGACGGAAACGGUAUCUGGGCAGAUGAAGACGAACGUCGAUUCUAUGAAAACAUAGUUGACCUCAAGGGCAAGGUCCCCCCCAUCCUGUUGGAGGAUGGCAAGAAGAAGAAACCAGACGGCGACGACCAAGUGGGCAGGAAAGUCGAGCCCAAUGACAUCUCCGACGUGCCAAAGUCUGCUCCCGAGGCCGUUGAUGACCAGUCCACUUCUAUUGUGAACAAGACUAUUGGCGCUCAAGUCGACGCGCUACUUGCACGCUUACCGGAGCUGACCAAUAAAGAUAUCAUCGACCAAACUGCCAUCGACUUUUGCUUCCUCAACUCGAAAGCAUCCCGGAAUCGACUCGUCAAAGCUCUGACAGAGGUGCCCAAGGGUCGCAGUGACUUGCUGCCGUCUUGGGCUCGCUUGGUCGCCACGCUUGGUAGGUAUAUGCCUGACGUCCCCAAGGGGCUUGUUGAUUAUUUGGACGCCGAGUUUCGAAGCUUGCAGCGCAGGAAAGAAAAGGACUUUCUAGGGCAAGUCCGCCUCAGCAAUAUCCGCUACCUGGCGGAGCUCACCAAGUUUGGCGUGGUCCCUGAGCAUGUUGUGUUUCAUUGUCUCAAGGUCAGCCUCGAUGAUUUUUCACGCAUGAAUAUCGAGAUCUUGUGCAAUCUGGUCGAAAAUUGUGGUAGGUAUCUGCUCAAAAAUCCCGAGACCGCGCCGCGAAUGGCAAGUUUCCUCGAAACUCUUCAGCGCAAAAAGUCUGUGCAACAUAUUGGACAGCCUGAGCGCAUGCUCAUUGAUAAUGCUGUUUAUUACGUUGAUCCACCGCAAAGACCAGCAAUCGAGCAAAAGGAGCGCACUCCAAUGGAACUAUUCAUUCGGAAACUAGUGUAUAGUGAUAUUACGAAACGAAACUACAGUAAAAUCUUGAAGCAGAUCCGCAGGCUACAUUGGGAAGAAGCAGAGGUCGUCGCAAUCCUUGAAAAGGUCUUUUCGAAACCCGGGAGGGUGAAGUACGGAAACAUUCAUCUUCUGGGCAUUCUUCUGAGUGCGCUGUAUCGUUAUCACCCGGAAUUCGUGGUCAGAAUCAUCGACAACGUCAUUGAAUCUGUCAGCUUCGGCUUGGAGCAGAAUGACUUUCGAUUGUAUCAGCGCCGUAUCGCAGAGGUGAAAUACCUUGGUGAGCUCUACAAUUAUAGAGUGCUAGAACACCCCGUCAUUUUUGAUACUCUGUACAAAAUUCUUACCUUUGGGUACGGGGGGCCUCCUGUUCCAGGACGACUGAAUCCGUUCGACCCACCAGAUGACUUUUUCCGCAUUCGCCUUGUUGCUACCAUGUUGGAGACAUGCGGCAUGUUUUUUGAUAGAGGAGCUGCGGGCAAGAAGCUGGACUACUUCCUGUCAUUUUUUCAGUAUUACGUCCACACCAAAAUCUCUUUGCCGAUGGAUAUUGAAUUUGUCGUUCAAGACACCUUUUCGAUGACACGACCACAGUGGAAAUUUGCCGCGAACCUUGAUGAGGCAGCCAAGGUUCUUCAACUGGCCAUUGUACAGGAUCAAAAAACUGCCGGCUUCGACAGGGUACCCGAGGCAGAUGAUGUCACCAGUGGCGCAUCAUCAGACGAUGAUAAUGUCGAUGUAGACGAUGCUGAGCAUGACGGAGAAGGUGGUGAGGAUAGUGCGUCCGAGGAUGAUGAAGCAGAGCAGCAGGACGUAGACGACGAAUCGGUAAACGAGAUCGAUUUUGAUGAAGAAGAAUCAAUUGUCGUGACUCGCCAAGAGGAAGCGGUGGACCCUGAAGAUGAAGCCGAGUUUGAGCGGGAAUAUGCCAAAAUGAUGGCUGAAAGUCUUGAAUCUCGCAAGUUCGACCGGAAGCCACUCUUUGAUGUUCCAUUGCCAGUCCGACCGAAGAACCGGGAAACGCCCACGAGUACAGCUCAGGAACAAGAACCAUCCGCUCCAAGCAAAAAAAUGGCAUUCUCGCUGCUGACGAAGAAGGGCAACCGACAACAGACCCGGACGGUCGAGCUACCAUCAGACUCGACCUUUGCCAUUGCCAUGAUCACACAACAACAGGCUGAAAAGGAAGAGCAACAGCGUAUCAAAAACCUAGUCUUGAAUUAUGAUCUGCAACAGAACGAGGACCCGGAAGGAAGCGAGCGAGGUACGGCUCUAUACCACAAUCGUAUCGACCGGUCAAACAAGGAUCGCGGCCAAAGAGUGGACAACGUCGGAUGA